AUGGGAGUUACAAAGGAACAAGUUGAAUCUACUCUCAAGUCAAAGUUGAAUCCUUCACAUCUUGAAGUAGUUGAUACAUCUGGAGGGUGCGGCGCAAGCUUUGCCAUUGAGAUUGUCUCAGAGCAAUUUGAGGGGAAGAGGCUGCUGGAGAGGCAUCGACUUGUCAAUGCUGCUCUGGAAGAGGAGAUGAAAGAGAUUCAUGCCCUCUCAAUAAAGAAAUCUGUGACCCCAGCACAGUGGAAGCAACAGCUAGAGUCUCAGCAAUCUACAUCUGCUGCAUAA